GUCCGCACAGAACAUGUUGCGAUGUGAACGACAGUCUGUUAAAAUAUUUAUUUAAAAGUGAUACAAAAUGAUCGGCUAUAUAAUAAGACUGAAGUUUUUAAGAAUUAAAAUAAAUAUGAUAACAUUAUUCAUGGCUGCAGUACAUAUCGGUGUAUUCUACAUAUUGCUACAUGCGUGGAGUCAACAUAAGCAUAAGACGGUAAUAUACAGACAUAGAGGUGUGAAUCUAUCGAAAGUGAUUGUACAUAUAGAUUUGAAAGGAUCACCACCGAAACUAGAAUAUCUGACGUCACUUUUGCCGUUGUUAAAGAAUAUUGGUGCAAAUGGAUUACUAAUGGAAUACGAAGAUAUGUUCCCAUACAAAGGGGAUAUUGGUAAUUUAAGUUCUAAAUAUUGCUACAAAGAAAAUGAGCUUAAGAAAUUCAUAAAGUUCGCAUGGAAGUCAGGUUUCGAGAUUAUGCCAUUGGUACAGACUUUUGGUCAUAUGGAGCAUGCAUUAAAAUUGCAAGAAUUUAAACACUUACGAGAAAUUCCAAUGUACCCUGACUCCAUCUGUCCUAGCAAGAUGGAAAGCAUGGCUCUAAUCAAAAACAUGUUACAACAGGUUAUUCAAUUCCACACCAGUGUGGUACCAUUAAGACAUAUACAUGUAGGUUGUGAUGAAGUAUAUCAUAUGAAUAAAUGCGCUCAAUGUCGUAGUCGGAGAGAGAAGGAAAUAGACAUUUAUAUGAGUCACUUACAAAGUGUUACUGACAUAGUGAAAUUGUACAGUCCAAAUGUGACUGUGCUAUUUUGGGACGAUAUGCUUCGAGGUGUUGAUUCUAAUUACUGGAGUACGAUGAAGAAUAUGAACGACGUUGAACCAGUUUGUUGGGAUUAUGCAACGAUGUUACAUGUAUCACAUAGAAAUUUAUACAACUACCAUAAGAAAUUCAACAAUAUUUGGAUAGCUUCAGCAUACAAAGGUGCGGAAGGAGUGACUGCUACAUUACCCGAUUUGUAUAGUCGCUUUAUGAAUCAUUUAGAAUGGCUAAGAUUUAUAUUUGAUUACAAAUUCGGAGGAGAAAGAAAAUCAUACAAUUUUAAAGGAAUAAUACUUACAGGAUGGUCUAGGUAUAGCCACAUGGAACCAUUAUGCGAGUUAUUACCGGCGUCAAUUCCUAGUCUUGUUAUGAAUUUGUUACUUAUCAAACAUUUUCAAACAGAAACAAGCAAAGAUGUACAUUCAAUUCCAGCUGCAGAAGUCUUCCAUAUAUAUGUGAGAGAUGAUUUUAAGAAAUAUUUUCAUUGUGAAUAUGUAGAAUUGAAUGAAUUUGAUACUCAUGCAUGUCAAUAUAGAGAAAGUAAAUUAUAUACACCAUAA